CAGAAGAUCAGGUCAAUGCCGUCAUCUCCAACUUUGACAAGUUUGUGGCCGAUUGCGAGGCUCUAAAUCACGGCACUGUUGACAUCUCCACCGGACUCGAGAACAUGGUCACCGACAUCAUCGAGAUCCUGAGAGCCCUGGGCAUCGAUACUACCAAUCCUACUGACGACACACCGACCGAUCUGGACGGCCUGCUGACUCAGCUGGAGAGUCUUCUAAGCAAGGGGCUCGAGUCCCUGGGGCCGGUGCUGGGUCUGACUGAUGACCAGAUCAAGGCUGCAGAGGCUGACAUUGACACGCUCAUCAAGGACAUCGAGUCGGCCGAGCACGGGCACACCGACAUCGACACUGCGCUGGAGAAGAUCCUGACGGACGUGCUCAACAUUCUGAAGGACUGCGGAGCUCCCAUCCUACCCAGGACGGUUUCUAUGGCCACCACUGAGCCGAGCCCCGUUGAAAAGCUUCUGGAGGAGUUGAAAGCCCUCGUGGACAAGUACCUGCCGAUCCUGGGACCGAUCAUCGGUCUGACAGAGGAUCAGGUCAAUGCCGUCAUCUCCAACUUUGACAAGUUUGUGGCCGAUUGCGAGGCUCUAAAUCACGGCACCGUUGACAUCUCCACCGGACUCGAGAACAUGGUCACCGACAUCAUCGAGAUCCUGAGAGCCCUGGGCAUCGAUACUACCAAUCCCACGGACGACACACCGACCGAUCUGGACGGCCUGCUGACUCAGCUGGAGAGUCUUCUAAGCAAGGGUCUCGAGUCCCUGGGGCCGGUGCUGGGUCUGACUGAUGACCAGAUCAAGGCUGCAGAGGCUGACAUUGACACGCUCAUCAAGGACAUCGAGUCGGCCGAGCACGGACACACCGACAUCGACACUGCGCUGGAGAAGAUCCUGACGGACGUGCUCAACAUUCUGAAGGACUGCGGAGCUCCCAUCCUACCCAGGACGGUUUCUAUGGUCACCACUGAGCCGAGCCCCGUUGAAAAGCUUCUGGAGGAGUUGAAAAGCCCUCGUGGACAAGUACCUGCCGAUCCUGGGACCGAUCAUCGGUCUGACAGAGGAUCAGGUCAAUGCCGUCAUCUCCAACUUUGA